GUGGCCAGGAGUGUGGGGGCGCGAGGGGCGGCUGGACCCUGCACCCCACUUCUCGGCGUCCAGGAGCUGCGCGAGGGGAGGGAGGUCCGCUCUCAGGGGCUGGGCGGGAAGGGCAGGGGCCGGGUCUGCGGUCUGGGACGGGAGCCUGCCCUGGCGCUCUCCUCACCCGCCUGUGUGGGGCUCCCCGCUUCCGGGGUGGGGGGCAGCGGGGUCUGAGGGUGGCUGGUCAAGGGUACCCGGCUGCUGGGCGCCACCUCCUGACCCAGGGUGGGGCCUUGUGCCCCUUCUGCCACCAGUUCUCCCCCAGACAGGGAAAGGUGAGUGGGGCCGGGUAUCCUGGCCAGGCACAGGGGUGCAGGGUGCCCAGGCAGCCACUGCUGGGUCAGGCUGGGACGUGCGUGUGAGUGCCUGUGCCUUUUGUGUGCGUCCGUGUGCCUGCUCUCCGGGGGUGUCUUUUGCUCUGUGUACACACACCAGGUGAGUGCCAGGCAUCCUCCCGGCCCCCAUGGGGUCGGCAGCUGCUGAUAACAGCCCCUCGGAGAAGCCCCUGACCCAGGAACUCCGGGUUUCUGCUGGGAGGCGGGAUGGGUUGUGGCACCAGUCGGCACAGCUGUGUGGCUCGCAGGGCUGGGUGAUCGAUGGCCCCGCACAGCCGCCUCUGUCGCCGGAGCACCCACAAUUUGUCAUCCACAUGGGGUGGGGGGGUGGCAGGCAGGGAGAAGGGGCCGCCUCUGCACCCAUCACCCAGUCCAGGUCGUGUGCAGCCCCUCAGGGAGCCCUAGGCCCUCUCCUGGCCCAGCUUUCGCCUCUCGACCCCCACCCUGUCUCAGCCACAAACCAGCCAGUCCGCCUCUGCCUGCCCAUGCAGCCCGUGACCCCCUGCAGGGCCCCAAACCUUUGGACGAGCAGCCCUCUCCUGCCGUUAGCGGUCACCCCAGCGAUGCUCACCCGGGUUCUAGGGGCAGCAGACAGCACUGCCCCAGCCCUACCAGCUCAGCCCACCUGCCAUGCAUGACCAGCCAUGUCUGCAUGUGUCCUGGGUGGUGUGUGGUGCCUGUGUGCACGCGUGAGUGCCGUGUAGGAGUGGGUCGGAGAGCCUCCCACACCCUGGGUGUGCUGUGUGUUAUCACAGACGAGCAGCCAUGUCCGUGACAGGGUGCGAGGCGUGUGUGCGACCAGGGUCCUUGCCCUUGGUGGCAAACUGUUCUGCGCUGGCUAGAUGGCACAGAGGUGGCUCCACCGGGCACUGGGUGAGGGCUCUACGUGAGCCUGUGUCCUGUGCACACACGCUCGAAGCUCGUGUGCGCAGGCGUGCCGUGCACCCCACACAGGCAGUGCCGGGGCGGUGGGCAGCCCAGGUGGUGGCCCAGAUGGAGUGUGGAGCGCAUACCAGCACCGUGUGGGGCGUGGGGAGGAGCGGGUCUUGGCUGAGUGUGGCCGCUGCAGGCUUGGCCACUGACCUGCCUGAAGCCACCCAGAUGGAGCUGAGCUGAGCAGGUGGCUGAGCCACGGGGCCAUGCUGGGACAUCCACUCCCCACAGCCUGGCCUGGCCCCAUGUGAGGCUGACCCCCUCAGAGACCCCCAGUGUCCACCUGACGCCCUGCUGGAACAGGCUCUGCAUGCUCGGGUGCGCACACACGUACACAUACGCACGCACACAUGCACACACAUGUACACACGCACACACGCGUACACACGCGCGCCCGCAGCGUCAUCCCGUGCAGGCCCUAGUGUUGGUGUCUCGUCUCAGUGCCUUUCCCUCGUUUUCGAACAGGGGCGAGCAGGGGUUGCCGGGGGUCCUGAAACUCGGAGGCUGAUGCCUUCCUGGAGUGAGACCUGGUCACGCUGACUCUUUUAGCCACUCACAUGCUGUGGGGAGACGGGUGUGGGCUGAAUUAUUCUAGAAAUCGGCCAGCGAGCGGGCCUGGCCUUGGGGGUGGGGACUUGUGUAGGGUCAGCCGGUAAAUAAAGGACACCUAGUUAAAAUCAAAUUUCAGAUAAACAAGGAACGCGUUUCUCGUGUGUGUUUCCGAUGCUGCCCAGGCUACACGAACUCUCAGAAGUGACGUGCUGCUGCUGGUCUCAGUCAGAAGCCGCUGAGUGUCUGGACUUGUGUUUUUUUUGGUGCCCUGCACUUUGCUGCACUGGCCACCCUGGAAGUGUACAUGGGGAGGAGCCACAAGAGGGGGCCGGGCAGUGCAGGGAGGAGGCAGGGGGCACCCUGGGCUCCCGUCCCUGGAGCUUCGCGAGCCCUGCAUGGGGAGCAGUGGGGAGUGGGCUGGGCGCUGACUGUGGCCACAUCUGCAGGUGGCCGUGGUGCCCGGACCUGCUGCAUAGCAGGCUGCCAUGUCUCGGGAGGCGGGCUCGUGCCGCAUGGGCACAGGGACGAGGGCGCGGUCUCGGAAGCCGAAGAAGCCACACUACAUCCCGCGGCCCUGGGGCAAACCCUACAACUACAAAUGCUUCCAGUGCCCCUUCACCUGCCUGGAGAAGUCGCACCUCUACAACCACAUGAAGUACAGCCUCUGCAAAGACUCCCUCUCCCUGCUGCUGGACUCCCCAGACUGGGCGUGUCGCCGCCGCCCCACCACGCCCAGGCCCCACGCGCCCACCCCAGACCGCCCUGGGGAGUCCGACGCCGGCAGGCUGCCCCGGGGAGCGCGGCCCCCAGAUGCUGCCCGCACGCCUGACCACGUCGUGGAUGCUGUUGUCCACUCCCUGCACCGUGGCAGGGGCCCCAAGCCCAGGGCCGAGGGGUCCCCAGGGCCACCACCCCCUGGGGCUAGGGCCACCCGGAAAGGUCCCAGCCCUGGUGGGCUCCUGCCUGAGUCGUGGAAGCCAGGGAUGGGAGGGGCCCCAAGGGGCGUGGCUGUGGGGGACAUGGCCUCAGCAGGCCCUGAAGGCAGCGUCCCCUGCUACCCCCCACCUGCUCCAGGGGAGUUCCCGGAGGCCCACAGCCUCCACCUGUCCCUGCUGGGUGUCAACUACCCACUCAGCUCGGGCCUCUUCUCCUACCUGGGGCCUUCACUGGCCGCUGCGGCCCACGUGCCCUUCCUGGCCUCAGCCAGCCCCCUGCUGCCCCCGGCUGCGGCAUUCCCAGCCCUGCAGCCCCCUCAGCGCCCCACCCCGGUCCCCCGCCUGUACUACCCGCUGCUCCUGGAGCACACUCUGGGGCUGCCCACAGGCAAAGCUGCCCUUACCAAGGCCCCCGUUCCUCCGAAGGGUCCCCCUGGGACUCUGGCUCCUGGCCUGCUGAAGGCACCCGUUCCAGGGCUGGGGCCGUGGCCCCGAGUCACCCCCAGGGACUCAGGACAGGAGGGGGAGCUGGAGCGGGCGGCCCGGAGUGACCCCAGGAGGAGGCUGUCCCUGGAAAGCAGGCUGGAGCUCCCGAAGGCGCCCCCUGGCCUCACAAAGUUCUGUUCCCGGAGCAGCUUGCCCACCGGCUCCUCUGCGAUGAUGUGGCCUGAGGACAGGGAGCCGGGCAGCCCCGAGGGUCCCUUCCCGCCGCAGCCACGGGGCUCAGCGCCGGGAAGCCCAGGGCGCGUGGGUGAGGACCUGACCCGGGCCCUCGGUGACUACGCCAGUUUAGAGCGACGCCUGGGGCAGCUGGUGCCCGCUGGGGGCCUAGCCCCGAGUCCCCUGCGGGAGCAGCUGGGCAAGAUCCGCCUGGAGCUGCUCACCAUUCACCAGGCGCUGGAGCGGGCCUCCAGGCCACCUGACGCACCCCUCGACCUCUCUGUGAAACGCGCACCUGCCAAGGGGCCCGAGGCUCUUGGAGAGGCCUGGGGGCAGCCGGAGCUGGGUCCCAUGUUGGCUCGAGGGACCCCCGAGCGCCCCAGCAUGCUGGGCCUGGCAGCACCCCAACCCUUCUCUGGCCACACCACCAAGUGUGAAGCCGACUCCAGCGUCCCCCCACCAGGCCUCCCCCUCCCGGCCCCGGACGACCCUGUGCCUUCCUGGCAGUGGCUGGGGCACCUGUGUCGGGACGGGGAGUUCCCAGAACCCUGAGGCUGUCUGCGGCCUGCAGAGCCCCCCGGGUGCCGAGGUCUGACUGUCUCCGCCCGAAGCAGCCCGACUCUCACCUGGUCCAGCCCCGUGGCCAGGGCCUGGGACCCGUCCCCACUCAGCAUGCAUGUGGAUAGACCCCCUUGGGCCGUGGCCAAGGCUUGUCCCUGGGGCCACACAGAGACAGGGGAGGUCACGGUUAUUUAUUAAUCGCAACUGUGGACAUUAAAACAGAAACUGUCUUCAC